AUGCAUUUCUCCAACACUCUCCAUUCCUUUCUUCUACUCUUCAGCUUCGCCACCGCACUCCCUACAGAUAUGAGCUCCAUCACACAGUCCGCAUCCAUUGCCAAUAACCAUCUCACACUCGAGACGCGCGACGGCUUUUGCAGCCCCAAGUGCAAGCAGCAAUUCGAUGAUUUGCAGUCGUGGCGCUGGAUCUCAUAUUCCAUGUUGAUAAAUGAGUAUAAUAUCAAGGUCCGACUUUAUGUUGAGAAUUGGACGCAGCCGCUUCGGCCGGGGAAUCCGCCGAAUGCGGCUGUGGAGAAGUUGCAUUGGAUUUUGGAGAAGUUGCAUUCCAUGACUAGGGUUAAGCCGAAACCUAAGGCUGGUGGGGAGUAA